AUGACUGACUUAGCCACACUCCCACCACCAUCCGAUUUCCUGGCUGCGUGUCCCAAGUUCCGCAUAUUGGUGCUCGGAAACCCCGAGUCAACCAAGCAGGAACUUUUCGCCAAGAUAUUUGGAGUUGACCUUGAGAAAAAACUCGUGGACGACGCCUUCAGCGCAGACCACCAGAUCGGCCAAGAACUCGACCUCCAUGGCCAAAACGCCCGUUUAGCCAUCCAUGCAUGCCUUAAUUUUGGCACCGCAGACAAGGCCAACUACGACCGCGUCCAUGCCUUCCUCGCCUCGCGGUCGGCACCCACCAUCAAACCAGAGGACCGCAUUCACUGCGUAUGGUAUUACGUGGCGAGCGAGGAGAACCGAUCCGUAGGGGAGCUGGAAACCCGCUUCUUCACCGGCGAUCUCCACGCGGCGGCACCCUACAUGCCCGUUGUCCUCGUCUUCACCAAAUACGAUGAGUAUGUGAGCCAGGUGAAGCUCGAGUGGUCCCGGAAUGCCGAUGAACACGGGCUGUCCAAGGUGGCCGUGUCCCACAUCCUGCGGGACCUGUCGUCCAAGAAGUUUGAGAAAGAGAUCGGCAAGAAAUGGGACGACGUCCUGAACGGGAGAAUACCGCGCGUGUGCGUCUCGAGCGGCGAGGACGAGGACAGUGCGCGCAGCUCCGAAGAGCUCGCCGAGGCCACAUUGGCCUGCCUCCGGGACAAGAACGUCAAGCUUGCCUUCGCGGCAGCACAGCGGAACUCUGCCUUGAUAUCCACCCGCUUCGCGGCCGAGGCAGCGGCAGAGGAGUACUUCGAAGUCGACACCGGCCACGCCCGCAAGCGGCACGGCAUCGACAUGCGCGAGAUCCUCCCCAACUUCGUCGCCAAAGCCGUCCAGCUCUUCAACAUGCGCGACCCCAGCGACACCUUAAGCACCAUCAUCUCGGAAGGCUUCCUGGCCCGCAUCCUCGACGCAACCUUUGACCCGACCCAGAAGGGCCUCCUCGCCGAGUGUCUCCGUCGCAGCGGUACCGAGUCCGGGAGCAUCCUGCUCAACCUGACGCCCCACGAGCGCGCCGUGCUGCUGGCGCAGGCGCUGGCGGGCGUCCUGCUGCUCCUGCACCGUCUGGCCGAUGCGCAGUGGACUCAUGAUCAUCGUCGUCAUCACCACCAUCCUCUAACGCGCGCGGGGGUAGAAAGACAGCUGGAGGAGAUCGGUCGGGGCAGUAGGGAGAAAGGGGAGGUGCUGCACACGGUGGAAGAGAGCACCAUCUUCACGACGUGCACACUGCGGCAGGGCGUGGCGGACUUACUGGUCCAAGCGGUCAUGAGGGCGGAUGCUGCGUUGAGGAGUGGGAUGAGGGGCCAUGAGCGCGGGGGCUCGAGGGAGAUCAUUGUCGAGGACGAUUCGGAAUUGCAGGAUAUCUUCUGGCGUUCUGUCCAUGAUCACAAGCGCCCGGAUGAUGUGGUGCUGCCCUGUGGGUUGACUGUUCUACCGCUGACUUGA